AUGACAAGGAUGGGUGUUGGCUCGGUUGGGUUUGUGAGAGAAGAAGAUCGAAGGAUUUGUGGAGGAGGGCCGAAGGUGAUGUUGAAUUCAAAGGAGGAAGUGAUGUGUGUGGAAGAGAGGAGUUUGUCGAGGAGAAAGAAUGAGAAUUUUUCUGAAGAGGGUGAGGACGUGAUUGUGGAGAUAGAGAGAGAGAGUACGACUACCUUCAUUGCAAAGGUCUUGCCUUUUGUGCUCAAGGGUGUGACAAUGCUUAAGGUGUUUUAUGAGGUUGAGGCGAAAGCACAUUGGUUAACUUUUCAUUACUAUUAUCGUGUAAGCAUGAUUUCUGGUAUUGUGCUCUACUCUACUAUAGUCUGGUAG